AGCCCCUUCCCCUCCUUCGACUGGCUGGCCGCUGCUUCCUACAUAACUCCUGUGUAUCCCACGCACAAACAAAAUCCUGUGCUUUAAUCUCGGUGCGUCCUCCUUCACCCACCUAACAAGACCGCUGCUCAAUUCCUCACGCCAGCUCUCUCCAUUACCCCCCACAUUCCGCGCCAGCUACUCUCCUCAUCACCACCCAACUCCACUCAACAAAAUGGUCAAGGCAGUUGUCGCAGGCGCCUCCGGUGGCAUUGGCCAGCCGCUCUCCUUGCUUCUCAAGAACAGCCCCCUCGUUGACGAGCUCGCGCUGUACGAUGUCGUCAACACCCCCGGUGUCGCUGCCGACCUGUCGCACAUUUCCUCCAAGGCGGUUGUCACCGGCUACCUGCCCAGCGACGAUGGCCUCAAGAAGGCCUUCACCGGUGCUGACAUUGUAGUCAUCCCCGCCGGUAUUCCUCGCAAGCCCGGCAUGACCCGUGACGACCUCUUCAAGAUUAACGCUGGCAUCGUCAAGGGCCUCAUCGAGGGCGUCGCACAGUACUCCCCCAAGGCCUACGUUCUGGUCAUCUCCAACCCCGUCAACUCGACCGUCCCCAUCGCCGCCGAGGUCCUCAAGAAGGCCGGCGUUUUCGACCCCAAGAAGCUCUUCGGUGUCACCACCCUCGAUGUCGUUCGCGCUGAGACCUUUGUCGCCUCUAUCACCGGCGAGAAGGACCCCCAGAAGCUCACCAUCCCCGUCAUUGGCGGCCACUCUGGCGAGACCAUUGUUCCCCUCUUCAGCCAGGCAACGCCCUCGGUGGAAAUUCCCAGCGAGAAGCUCGAUGCUCUUGUAAACCGCGUCCAAUUUGGUGGUGAUGAAGUUGUCAAGGCGAAGGACGGUGCCGGCUCUGCCACUCUGUCUAUGGCCUACGCUGGCUUCCGAUUCGCUGAGAAGGUUCUCAAGGCCGCUGCGGGCGAGAAGGGCAUCACCGAGCCCAGCUACGUCUACCUCCCUGGUGUCCCGGGCGGUGACGUUAUCGCGAAGACUGUCGGUGUUGAGUACUUCUCUGUACCCAUUGAGCUCGGCCCCAGCGGUGUCGAGAAGGCCGUCGAUGUCGUCAGCAAGGCGAACGACCACGAGAAGAAGCUCCUUGAGGCAGCCUACAAGGGACUCAAGGACAACAUCGCGAAGGGCGUUGACUUCGCCAACUCCCCUCCUCCCCAGAAGUGAGUGGCCUUGCAUGUUUG